AUGUUCAAACAACUAUAUCGCCUACCAUGCCGGUCAACAUUGACACCAUUAGCACCCGGUAGCCGGCGGUAUUUCCAGACCAAAAGGCAAAACUCCCUACCAGCCGCAUACUACCGCGGCGGCACCUCACGCGCAGUCUUCUUCAAGCAAGAAGACCUACCCCCGAACAAGGAAGACUGGGCUCCCAUAUUCCGCAGUGUCAUCGGCAGUCCAGAUCCCAAUGGCCGACAGCUAGACGGAUUGGGGGGUGGAAUAUCCAGCCUCUCAAAGGUAUGCGUAGUCGGCGCAUCGACACACGACGAAGCCGAUGUCGAUUACACCUUCGUCUCACUCGGUAUCAAAAACACCGACGUCGACUACUCCAGUAAUUGCGGGAACAUGAGUUCCGCCGUCGGCCCCUUCGCCGUCGAUGCACAUCUGUUCCCAUUACAAAAUCCCAGCUCGGAUUCAGCCUCGGUACGCAUCCACAACACCAACACCGGCAAGAUCAUUCAUUCGUCCUUCCCCGUUGUCGACGGCGAGGCUACCGCGAGCGGUGAUUUUGCUAUAGACGGUGUCGCUGGUACAGCUGCCCGCAUCAAGCUCGACUUCAUCGACCCCGCCGGCUCGGUCACGGGGAAACUCCUGCCUACCGGAAACGUCGUCGAUACCUUUGACGCUACCAAAGCUACGUGCAUCGACGUCGGGAAUCCGUGUGUCUUCGUGCAGGCGCUCGAUCUCGGCGUGAGUGGGAAUUUGACUCCUGAUGAGAUCACUGCUCAUCCGGAUUUGUUGCCGCGCUUGGACUCCAUUCGUCGGCAGGCGGGCGUUAAGAUGGGUAUUGCGGAUGAGACUGCGGCAGUUCCCGGUAGUAUUCCUAAGAUCUGUAUCGUGGCUGCUCCUUCUACUACCGAUUCUAGAGAUAUCGAGCGGAGGCAGACGUCUGUUGAUGUUGAUCUUCUGGCUCGUGCGCUUUCUGUUGGACAGCCGCAUAAGGCGGUCCCGAUUACUGUCGCGUUGGCUCUUGCUGCUGCUGUUCAUGUGCCGCAGAGUACAGUGGCUGGCGUUGUGAGUGAGGAUCCUGUCGAUAGCGCUGGGCUUACUAUUGGUCAUGCCAGUGGGAAUCUGUUGGUUGGUGCCAACUUCGAUGCAGAUGGCGCGUUAACUUCUGCCACGGUCUUUCGUACAGCACGUCGUUUGUUCGAGGGACGUAUUUACUGGAAGAACGAUAACUGA